AUGGCAUUUCGCAAAAUACUCACAACAUCCUUCGUGGCUGCAGUCACCGCAGGUGGCGUCUACAGUUUCACAGUCUCCCGACGAGUUUCAUUAGUCGACAAAAAUCUUAUUACUCGAUCGACAGAUAUUCCAGAGACUUUCAAAAAUUCAAGGUCUGCUGGAGAGAUUGUCAACGCGAGAAAGCAUGUGUAUCACUCUGACUGGCGAUGGAUCACACUCGAUAUUCCCGCUGAGCAUCAUGAUGUGUCCGAUGAAGUUCUGUUAGCCAAGUUUGUCAAGGGUUUCUUUGGGGGUGCCGUGCUUAGACCUGAGCGAUUGAUUUUGCAAGCGGCUGGACUUAACCUCGUUCGAUUUUCAAAAGAGGCACCGGUUCCGAAAAAGACGCUUUGGCACUUGAAGGACAUACCAGAAACAACAGUACUGCCUGUCAACUCAGUACUAUUCGGAGUCUUCCAAGUCCUCGACUCAAAGAUUGCCCACCCCAAAAAUACCAAAAAUUUGACUAAACCCAGUGAAAGCUACGUCGACUUUGGCUUCGGAAAUGAUAGCAUGGAAUUUGCUGGAGUUCACAGGUUUUCUGUCGAAAGAUCGAAAUCAGACGAUGGUCAAGGGCAAAAGAUCCAGCUUCAUUUUCAGCACGUUACAUGCAACCCCACCGUCAACAAGCCUUUGAGCCCGCAGUUUAUGUUGGGAUUUCAUGAGAUGUAUGCUGACUAUUUAUUCAGGGAUGGUAUCGCGGAGAUAAAAACAUGGAUGGGACAAUCUAUCAGUAGAUAA